AUGCCGGAGACGAGCUCUCGCCCCGGGUCGCUCACGGCUUUAAAAACCAGCCGUAGCUGGUCGCAGGCGUCUGAACCCUCGCCAAAUUCCUCCGGCAACAGCGGCUGCAGGAGCAGCGGAACCCGGCUAGCCAACCCAACCCGGUGGCGUCUAGCAGGCUUCUGCGGUCUCACCCACUUGAACACUCAGACGCUGGGACGGAACGGUUCAUUCGCCGCAGCAGCGCAAAAUGACGUGCUGCUUCCUGCGAAGGUCAAGGCUGCAAGCGGCGAUAGUCGCGGCCGCUGCCGUUGGAAAUGGCUGGUGAGACGUUGGAAACGCGAGACGCAUCCUCCCGACCGGCACUGGACGCACGGGGGCCGUCGACGCGCUGGCGCAGACAGACGGCGUCGUCCUUCUGGUCGUGGCCAUAAGCAGACAACAGCCCUGGCGUCCAACCACCUCCAAGCGUUCCAGUACCGUCUGCUGCCGUCUGCAGUCUGGGAGGCCCCGUGGUGCUGGCUUACUCCGUGCCGCUUCAUAACCUGGCUUGGCAAGAGGGUGGCGUCGGAUACCUCCGCCUUGGCAUCAAAUCUGAGCGACUCGGAGGGCCUGGUUACGACGCAACGUGUGCGGCAGGUGCUUGAAGUUACGGGUGGCCUCGGUCGAGACGCAGCCUGCAGUGACGGUGACAGCGAAGCGAAAUGGAACGUCUCGUGGCUCGUUCUACCGCACCAUCAGAAGAGAAUGAGGAAGAGGAGGCCGCAAGCCGACGAACGGGCAAAGGCGACCACCUCUGCCUAUUUUUGGACGCUACGGAAACCAUGCAAGUUAAGUGAUCAUGUUGAGGUGAAGAUCCAUAUCGAUAGAUAAUGGUUACGGUACCUUUAACUGUCAGAGGCGAGUUCAAUUGCGCAGAAAGUCUCACUUUUUCCGCGCUGGCGACCCGGCUGAAGCGCGAGGCUUCCGGGGUCGAGAGGAAGCCCUCAAUGGUCUCUUGUCAGGGGACGGAAUGUCCGAGUCGCUGGUCGAGCCGUAGUGCCUUUUCGUGCCAGCGGUGGUGAGGGAGGGUGUUACAAAAAUGUCCGUGCUGCUACCGCUCAAGUGAGUGGGCCUGCUGUCCUCGAUUCUUGACGACGACGCACACGAAGAGCUGGUGGAUGCGUCAUACAGACACGCUGCGUCGUCAUCCUGGCCUGGCGUCUCAUCAAUCACAAGAUGGCACGCCACAGAGUCUAAGGACAACCAAGGCGACAUGGCGUCUGGAGCGUUGUCCUGUGUGUGCUUUCGCGAUGGAAGAAGCUCGACGCGGCGUUCACCGGGUAUCUCCUGGGUACACGGAGUUUUGACCGGUUCAAGAACACUUCCGCCGUUCUCCUGUUCGGGGCUCACGGGGGACGCUGCCGGCGUUCUUGCAGAGUGAUACGACUGUUUUUAAAGCUAGUAUCCUGCCUGUGUUAACUAUGUGCGGUAAACCGAGGCAUCCGAGUUUUGGCGGAAGUGGUAGACGGUGUCUCUUUACCAGCG